UUUGCAGAGGGCACUACUGUCAGUGUAAAGGGUUCAGGUUUGACCGUCCCAGCUUCAGUCCAUCAGUCAGCAUCUGAGCCCAUCCAGCCAGGAGUCUCGGUGACUCUGAACUGUACAGUACACACUGGGACCUGUGAUGGAGAACACAGUGUUUACUGGUUCAAAAACUCUGAAGAAUCUCAUCCAGGACUCAUUUACACCCAUGGAGGCAGGAACGAUCAAUGUAAGACAAAACCCGACACACACACCUGUGUCUACAACUUGCCAAUGAAGAGCCUGAAUCUUUCUCAUACUGAGACCUACUACUGUGCUGUUGCUGCAUGCGGACACAUACUGUUUGGAAACAGGACUAAACUGGACUUGGCUGAUGAGGUAAACUCUCCUGUGUAUUUCUUGAGUGGAGCUUUGGUAUUCAACACCACCCUGGUGGUUCUACUGGCUUUCUCGGUGUACAAGAUGAACAAGAGAAACAUCUGCCAAUGUACAGAGUCUCAAAUUGUUCCAUCACCCACCACAACAAAUGCACAGGGUUACCAAGAUGCAGACAACCUCCAUUAUGCUGCUGUAAGGCAUCACAGGGCCAACAGAUCAAGAAAAGACAGACGAAAAGAGAACGACAACCCCAUGAGUCAAUGUGUGUACUCCAGUGUAAGGCAGUAGUGCUGACAAGUUUUCUUUGUACUUUUUUGUUGUGCAAGAUGUUUUUUUCCACAGCUGUUAACAUCUUCAGAAGUGAUGUACAUUUUCAUAAUAUAGAAAGAGCUUUGUCAACAUUAUAAACAUAUACAUACAUAAUGAAUAUAAAGCCUUGAGUUACAGUACGCUACUUCAAGAAGCUCAUGCAAUGACAGUUCAGCUGUCCAAUGUUUUUAUUUUUUAUUUUGCUAGCAAAGGUGACAUAUUUCCACUAUCACUAUGCCUGUUGUAUCAGCCUAAGGAUGACAAAGCCUCUUAUUAAAAUAGCAUGGUACAUUGUG